AUGGCUCUCCCCGCGGUGGUGCUGGCCUGCCUUGCUGCUCUUGGGGCGGCUGUUGUCUUCGGAGCCCCCGGGUUUUGGAGCGUGUUGCUGGGGCUCGGGGUGUGUCUGGUAUCGUGGAGCUUCCAGGGGUUUAUCCAUGUGGCGCUGAGCACCGUGAGAAGAGACCUCAGGUGUCUGUUUGUUAUUUUAAAAGUGAAGAGGUCCAUGUACCAUCACGUCCGGAGGAAACAUACAGUCCCUGAGCUGUUUGUUCAGACCGCCAUGAAGCACCCUCACAAAACUGCCCUCAUCUAUGAACCCACAGGAGAGAGCUGGACUUUCGGGGGGCUGCUGGAGGAGUGCUAUUCUGUGGCUCACUGGGCUCUGGGACAGGGCUGGAGGGAGGGGGAUAUAGUGGCCCUGUUCUUGGAGAGUUGCCCUGCUGUGGUUCCCCUAUGGCUGGGUCUGGCCAUGGUCGGAGUGGAGGCUGCUUUUAUUAACUAUAACCUGCGGCUGGAUCCUCUGCUGCACUGUGUCAAAGUCUCAAGGGCCAAAGCUCUGGUGUUUGCUACAGAGCUGACUGAAGCUGUGCAGGAAGUGAGCCACUCUUUGGACUCUGGAAUGUGUUUAUUCAUCAGUGGACGAGGACAUCAACAGAUAGAAGGUCUCCAAACUCUCAGCCUGGACGAGCUGUUGUCCCAAUCGCCGAAACACAAGCCCAACUAUUCCCUCAAGAAGGAUUUCAACGGUGUGCUGUUUUACAUCUACACAUCUGGAACAACAGGGAUGCCCAAAGCUGCUGUGGUGGUGCACAGUCGGUAUUUUCGAAUCGCUGCUUUUGGUUUUCAUUCUUUUGGUUUGAAGAGUUCUGACAGACUCUAUAAUUGCCUUCCGCUCUAUCAUUCUGCAGGGACUAUAAUGGGAAUGGGUCAGUGUGUGCUCUUUGGCCUCACUGUUGUCAUGAGGAGGAAGUUUUCUGUCAGCCGAUUCUGGGACGACUGUGUAAAACACCAUUGCACUGUAAUUCAGUACAUCGGAGAAAUCUGCCGGUACCUUGUUGCUCAGCCAGUUCGAUCGUCAGACUCUCAGCACCAAGUCCGAGUGGCUUUUGGAAACGGCCUCCGACAGUCUGUGUGGGAAGAGUUUGUAGAGAGAUUCAAAAUCCCUAAAAUUGGGGAAUUUUAUGGUGCAACAGAAUGCAAUUGUAGCCUCAUAAACAUAGAUGGAAAGCUCGGCGCCUGUGGGUUCAACAGCCGUAUUUUACCCAGUUUUUACCCUGUGAGGUUGAUGCGUAUUCAGGAGAAUGGAGAGAUGCUUCGGGAUGACCAGGGCCUCUGUGUGCCUUGCCAACCUGGUCAAGCAGGCAUGUUGGUCGGACGCAUCGACAACACAGACCCAUUGAGGAGAUUUGAUGGAUAUAUUGAUCAGGAUUCAACCAAUAAGAAAAUAGCACACAAUGUUUUUAAAAUGGGAGAUGCAGCUUACGUCUCUGGUGAUGUGAUGGUGAUGGACGACUACGGCUACAUAUAUUUCAUGGACCGUAGUGGAGACACAUUCCGUUGGAGAGGGGAGAACGUGUCGAGCACAGAGGUGGAGGGCGUCCUGAGCGCUCUGCUGGGACACGCUGAUGUGGCCGUCUACGGAGUCUCUGUUCCAGGUGUUGAAGGAAAGGCGGGCAUGGCUGCGAUCGGUCACACUGGAGGCUCCCUGGACCUGGACACAUUUGUAAUAAACAUGAAGAAAGCUCUUCCCUCUUACGCUCGACCACUAUUUCUACGACUGAUGCCGGCCGUCGAAACCACAGGAACCUUCAAAAUAACAAAAACAAAACUGCAACGAGAAGGAUACAAGCCGCAAAACUCAAGUGAGCGUCUGUACUUCCUGGACAUUCGGGUUGAUCGUUACGUGGAGCUCACUCAUGAAACUUAUCAAGAUUUAACAGAAGGAAGAAUGCGUCUUUAA